GAGAUAUUUUAAGCCUACAGGUGUAUUAUCCUUGGGAGUUCCUUUCCAGCUCUCCUUGCAGAACAGUUGUUUUCCCUUUAAUGACAUCAGGAGUUACCUACUGGAUGCUCAAGUGUUUGAAGCAGCUGGACAUAUGUUCGAGUUGCAUCAACAGCUACACUCUUCUUGUCUCACCUCGCCUUCUCUUUACACUCUUUUCUUUCAUACUCGACUAUAGUGUUUACCGAUUAGCCUCUUUCUGGGAAGCGGAUCCGUGGAAAGCGCUGGUACUUCUUGCUGGAUCAUAUGUCACUCUGGUGUUUUAUACGAGAACGUUUACCAACACACUUGAAGGACUUCUCUUUGCUCUUCUCAUGGUAUUGGUUUCCUCAAGAAAGCCCAACGGCCGCUUAGCAGAGCCUACCAACAGCCCUCUCAUAGGUGUUGUAACGACCGCUGGGUUUUUCAACAGGCCAACCUUUCUGGCAUUUGCUCUAAUGCCUCUGCUCUACUGGGCAGGUUCAAUAGUUGACUCUCGGAAGAGAAUUAAAAAUGCGAUAAACCACUUUUUGAAGCUUAUCCUAUGUGCGUGUUUUACUGCCAUUGUUUUCAUAACAGCUGACACCUUCUAUUUUACCUCUGUGAGCUUAGACAACCUCUACAUAACCCCCUUCAAUUUUCUCAGCUAUAAUCUUAAUCCUCAUAAUCUUGCACUGCAUGGAAGUCACCCACGAGUUACACAUUUUGCAGUUAAUGGAAUAAUGCUCUUUGGGAUUUUACAUGUUCUGGCCAUCGGUGCUGGUUUUAAAAUGCUAAGGAAAUAUGUCUAUCAGUUACUACGGGUCAAAACAAAUUACCGUGUGCUGUUGGUGCAUUCCAAGGGCAAUCCAACAUUACUGCUGUUUUAUUUUGUUCCUUUGGCAUUUCUCUCCCUGUUCAGUCACCAAGAGCCUCGGUUUCUCAUUCCUCUCAUCUUGCCAUUAGUCCUGUUCAGUGCGUCCCAGGACAGAGCUGUGAAGUGGAAACACCUCAUUGUUGUUUUCAAUAUUCUCGGGGCGUUUCUGUUUGGGUGCUUACACCAGGGAGGGCUCAUACCAUGUUUGUUCCACUUGGAACAACUCAUCCAUUCUCCAGCAUCCUCAAACCAUCCAAGGCACUAUACUCUACUCUUUGCACACACCUACAUGCCUCCGAGGUCUCUGCUUAAUAUCAAGAAGACAGACAUGCAUGUAGAAGUCAUUGACAUGGCCGGGGCUGGGGAAGAAACCCUCUGCCAGACAGUAGAGCAGCAAGCAAAGAAUUUUACCUGCAGUGACUGCCACGUUUUUGUUAUAAUCCCUGGUACAGUCAGAGCCAUGAUUACAAAAUGUGAUGUCUCAUUCAAGAAUGAAACUUUGAUAUUUCCACACUUAUCAAUGGAAGACCCUCCUCAAAUAGCCAUCCUAUCCCCUGGAAAUUGGAGAAGUCAGUUAGGACUAUACAUCCUUGAGCUAGUCAGGGAUCAGCAGAGCCUUUAG